AUGGCCAAGUGUCAUGAGUGUCAGCGGCCUGGCCAGUCCCCAGGGCCGGAAGCCAGUCUCUCCAACCCCGCAGCCGCUCAGGCCCGCCCCCGCCCCGCGUGGGGCGCUAUAUCCACGGGGAGGGGAGGGAGGGCGCCGCACGAGGCCGCACCUGGGCUCAGGGCCCGGCCCAGCCUGGGCCUCCCCGCCCUGCAGCUGCCCCCGCACCGGCUCCGGGAGGGCCCCUCCCCGGCGGACGGCGGGGCGCAGGCCCGGCUCCCCGCACCCGUGCGCGCUGCGCACACCUGUCCGCCCGCCCGCGAGGCUUCAUUAGGCCGCGCCUGUGCAGCCCGCCGGCCCCGCCGCGGCGUCCAGGCCAUGGAACCCACCGAGGAGCCCCGCCAGGAUCCGCGGGCUCAAACCAGAAACCAGUUACAGCGCUGGCUCCCCACAGGCCAGGAAGGUGGAGGCAAGCCCCUGGCUGCGGGGUCGGAGAAGGAAGGACCACCGCGGAGUCCAGCCCCUGCCACUCAGGAUGGCCCACGUGGGCAGCCGCCCUCCUCCUGCGCUCUCUCGGGAGAGAAGACACCCCCGCAGGCCCCCAACUGCCAGCCACCAGGCUCUGUCCACAAAGACAGAACUCUGGUCCCGCCCCGACCCCAGCCUCCGGGAGACGGGGGUUCCGUCCCCAGGAGAGAGGCCAAGGCGGGGAAGCGGUCCUUCUCUCCGAGCUCCGGGAAGCAGAAGAAGUCUGCCGCCCUGGGUCCAGUUUCCACGUCACCGCCCCACGUCACUAACUCAGCCCGUGACCCCAACAACCCAGGGCCCUGUGGGUCAGGCAGGGGGCCUUGCCAUCUGGCCAACCUCCUCAGCACAUUGGCCCAGAACAGCCAAAACACAGACCAAAAGAAGCCCUUGGAAGCAACCUGCCAAGUUCGGAAAAAGACUCGAACCCUGUACCGCUCAGACCAGCUGGAGGAGCUGGAAAAGAUCUUCCAAGCUGACCACUACCCUGACAGUGACAAGCGCCGGGAGAUUGCCCAGACCGUGGGGGUCACCCCCCAGCGCAUCAUGGUGUGGUUCCAGAAUCGCCGGGCCAAGUGGCGGAAAGUGGAGAAACUGAAUGAGAAGAGGGACAAGGACAGCCCUGCAGAUCCAGCCCCCGCCAGCGGCCAGGACAGCUCCGCUGCUGAGCUGCCACCUGCUGUGCCCAUGGACCCGGAGCCUGGAGCCUUCCCUCCGGAGCCCCCUCUAGACAUCCUGCCGGAGCCCCCCAUGCUUCUGACAUCUGACCAGACACUGGCCCCAACCCAACCGAGCGAGGGGGCUCAGAGGGCGGCAGUGACCCCACCACUCUUCAGCCCCCCGCCUGUCCGAAGGGCCAACCUUCCAUUCCCCCUUGGCCCUGUGCACACCCCCCAACUGAUGCCUCUGCUGAUGGACACAUUUGGCAGCGACAGCAGCCACAGAGAUGGCUCCUGUGGGUCCUGGGGGACAAGUGUCACCCCGCCCCCCACCUGCUCAUACCUGGAGGAGCUGGAACCCCAGGAUUACCAGCUGAGCAGCCAGCCAGGGCUGUUCCAGGUCCCCCAGGCUCUGCAGACCCAGCUUUUCCAACAGCCGCAGCCCCAGUUCUCCUACCUGCAUCCCUUCCCCUUCUCCACACCCAGCUCCCUGACGCCCCCGCUGCCAGAGGACACUUUCUUCCCGCCUCCCUACGGCCCCGGUGGGGGCACCUCGCAGGGCUACUUCCCAGCGACCCCUGCAGGGCAGGUUCUGCUGCAGCCCCCCACUGGGAGCAUGGGCACAGUGCCCUGGAAUGACCCUUGCUUGCCAGAACUGCCCUUCCCUGGUCCCUUCUGUUCCCAAGCUCUGGUGUACCCCUCGGGAGGGGAAGGCUACUUUUCCGAUCUGUUCCCGGCUCCCUAUGCUCACCCUGUGAGCAGGCAGCCUUCUCCAGGGCCCAGCCGGCUGCCUGACGGGGCCAGGCCAGGAGCUGGGCCUCUACCCAGCAAGGCCCCCAGUGAGCAGCCCAUGGCCAUUGUGGAGCAGCGCUUGGCACUCGAGAAGGCCCGAGAGGAAGACAAGAAUAGCCACGACCCCUAGUCCUGGGGCCACAUAUCAGACAGGCUGCUGGGUGGAGAGGGUUGGGGCGCCCGCCGUCAGGGAGAUGGUGGCAGAAGCAUUAGGAA